AGGGACUUUUCACAGAAAAAGUAUAGUUGAGCUGUGUGCUCCAAAGGUUUUAUGUCUCUAUUCCACUUUUAUCUCAAGUCUCAACUAAUAGUACUUUAGUAAUUAAAAGCAUUUGUGCCAUGACCUAGUUUUCUGUUAUUGCAGUCCAUAAAUAAACCACUCAUUUAACUUGCAAUUUUGCAAAUCAGGUAUACUUUUCCUGAAGAUGAAUGAGAAAAGGACCAAGAAGCUGUAUUCUUGGGCUGAUCUUCCUGAAGAACUACUUGUUAAGAUCAGCAAGUACCUCAAAUACUCAUAUCAAGUUGGUCACUUCCGUGUUGUUUGUACCUCUUGGAGAGCCGCAGCCCCACGUCCUCCUGAUAAAAGCCUCUUCAUUGUCCCUAAAUAUAAUCCCAGUAAGAAGUCUCAUAGGACUGGUAAAUACAUGAGAAGAUUCGUUUUCCGGCUUGAUCUUCAAGAAUUUCCACCUUCAUCAUCAUCUUCAUCACCUACCAGCUAUUUGAUAGCCGUGGGGGAACAACUCCGCGGAGACGGCCAAAGCCAACUCCGCCUCUUGAACCCGGUCACUGCAAGUCCUAUUCCUAUAUCCUCAAACUUGUUUCCUAGAGAGAUUAAUUUGAACAAAUUUCGCGUCUCUAUACUGCAUAAAUCAUCCUUGAUUUUGGGUGCAGAUACAACACCUCAUCGUACUUCUAAAGUUGUUUAUCUUAACGCUGGCCACCGAUUCUCUGGGGGACGUAUACGGAAAGCAACUGCCACUCUUUGGGGUCGAAAAUUGUAUUUACUUGCAGGUAAUAGAAGAAAGAAAGUUAUAUUAAAUGAUUUGAUGGGUCUUCGUCUGAGAGACCAAAACCUGAACAAGUCUGCUUAUCAUGAUGUGGUGAACUACAAGAAUAAAUUUUUCGCUAUAGAUCAACACGGGCGAGGGGUUAUGGUGGAUUCUUCUUUGAAAGUGAGGCUAGUUACAAAUCCUCUGUUUCUCCCAAACGGGAAUGGUUACUUUAGGAACCACAAGUCAUACUUGGUGAAAUCAUCAAGGGAUGCAGAUCUAUUUCUAGUGGACAGGUACUUAGAUAAAUCAUCGGAGCAAACAAAUUACGCCGAACAACAUGGUGCAACCUCUGAUGAUGAUACAAACAAACCAACGACAGUCAGAUUCAGAGUGUAUAAGCUUGAGGAAGAGGAGAAAUGUUGGAAGGAGGUUACAACCUUGAAUGACCAAGUCAUAUUUGUGGGAGAUAAAGCAUCUUUUUGGUCCUAUUGUGUGUCUGCUAAAGAUUUUCCAGGGUGUAAAGGAAAUUUGAUUUUCUUCAGGAAAGAGGAGGAUGGAGUUCGUCGUUACUUUUGGGACGCGCCAAAACAUAAAAAGGAUUACUCACUUAGUGGAUUUCACAUGACUGAUUUUUUCUGGCCACCCCGUAGCUGACUCAGCUAAGAUCUUCUUCUCUCCAAUGCCAUGGUUAAAUGCUAAUCCUUCAUCCAUUUUGUAUAUGUUGGAUUGAAUCUUGAAGAGUGAAAAAGUCAUUCUAGUUGAACCGAAUA